AUCUUUUAGUGCUUUUCCAAAUAUAUUAAGCACACUCGUAUAAUGAAGUGAUCGGACCCUUUAAACUGGACAGCGGGCCCCUGGAACCUGCUCGGACGAGUGUUGCUGCAUGUGGAUGCUGUAAACGAUGAGCUGCUCCGGGGCUCUCCUGCUCUGCUGUGGGAUGAUAAUGAUGAUCGGGGCAGCAUCACUGGACCUCCAGCCUGACAUGCCGAACGUGUGUGAGGAGCAGGAGAUGUCUAUGCUGGGAGUGAAGCAGCCGUGUGUUCAGGCGUUUACAAGGUUGGUGAAGGUGUGGAGGCAGGGCUGCUCGUCUCAGCGCUGGUGCGUGGGCUACGAGAGGAGGACAGGGUAUUAUACAGUGUAUAAACAGGCAUACAACAUGGAGAUGCAGACCGUCUUCAGGUGCUGCCCAGGAUGGAUGCAGAGAGGAGAAGAGAGAGGCUGUUUGCACAGAGUGUGUUCCUCUGGUACCUGUUUUAAUGGUGGGAAGUGCUCUGAGACCAGCGAUCACCUAUGUCAGUGUCCAGAAGGGUUUGAGGGAACGCGUUGUCAAUAUGACAUAAAUGAGUGUGCGGUCAGUAAUGGAGGUUGUGAAGGCACAUGUUGUAACUCUAUCGGCAGCUAUUUCUGCAAAUGUCCUGGCGGCAGUAAACUCAGAGAUGAUGGGAAAUCUUGCCAAGAUAUAGAUGAGUGUGAGGAGAUGAAUGGCGGCUGCCAGCAGACUUGUGUGAACACACUUGGUUCCUAUCACUGUGAGUGCAGUGAGGGUUUCCGCAUACAUGCUGAUGCUCGCACAUGCAUAGCGGUGAACUCUUGCUCAGUGAAGAAUGGCGGAUGUGAACACAAGUGUGUGGAUUUGGGAAACGAACAGUACAAGUGUGAAUGUCGAAGCAACUACCAGCUCAAGAGAGACGGAAAGCACUGUGAACUGAAGGACCCCUGUAAAGAUCAUAACGGCGGAUGUUCUCAAAUCUGCACUGAUGUGAAUGGACUGGUUCAGUGCAGCUGCAGAACAGGAUUCACAUUGGCAAAUGACCUCAGGAGAUGUGAAGACAUUGAUGAAUGUGUGUCCGGUCAGACUAAGUGCGCUCAUGGCUGUGUGAACAUACCGGGAUCUUUCCGCUGUGUGUGUAACCCGGGAUUUGAACUGGGUGCUGAUGGAAAACAGUGCUACCGAAUAGAGAUGGAGAUUGUGAACGGCUGUGAGAAAAACAACGGUGGCUGCUCUCAUCGCUGUGAACACACCACCAGCGGGCCCUUGUGCUCCUGCAACCAAGGCUACCAGCUCGCUGAAGACCUUAAGACAUGCAUAGACAUGGAUGAGUGUGAAAACGGAGAGGCCUGCUGUAGUCAUUUCUGUAAAAACUACCCAGGAGGCUACGAGUGCGGCUGUAGACCAGGAUACACGCCCAACGGAUGCACAUGUGACGACAUUGACGAGUGUGUGUCUGAGACGUCAGGCUGCUCUCAGUACUGUGUCAACUCUUUGGGCUCUUAUGAGUGUUUCUGUCAGGUGGGCUUCAGGCUGGACUAUGACCAGAAAUCCUGCUCUCCUCUCUAUCAGAGGGAAGUGGAGCAGGAAGAGGAGGAUGAAGAUCUGUUCGGCAGUGAAGUUGAGCCGGAGGUUCUGCAUUUGCCGAACUUACUCUUCCGCCGACCUCCUCAACUGCUGCAUUACACCGCUGCUUUACAUAGACCGUAUGAUGAUGACACACACUCUUACUACCCAGAAGACACACACGACCCAGAACACAGAGAAGAGCUGACCACCAUCAGCAAGAGUAUGUGUGAGACGGGAGUGUUUGGGGACGACUGCAGUGUGAGCUGUGAGGACUGUGUUAAUGGAGGAGUCUGUGCAGCAGAGAAGGACCGCUGUGUUUGUCCACCCGGCUGGACGGGACUCAUCUGUAAUGACACUUGUCCUGAGGGCACAUAUGGUGCUGAGUGUAACAGUCUGUGUGUUUGUAAGAACGGGGGCCGCUGUGACCCAGUGACCGGGAAGUGCUUGUGUCCUCCAGGGGUCCAUGGUCUGCACUGCGAAAACGGUUGUCCGCAGGGUUUUUAUGGGCGACUCUGUCGGAGGAGGUGCAACUGCCCCAAUAAUGGACACUGCCAUCGUCUAUACGGAGGCUGUCUGUGCACACCGGGACUCUACGGCAAAUUCUGCCAUCUGCCAUGUCCCAAAUGGAGCCAUGGUGCGGGUUGUUCAGAGGAGUGUGAAUGUGUGCAGGAAAACUCUCUCUCUUGUGAUCCCCAAAUGGGCACCUGUUUGUGUAAACCUGGUUACCAUGGCGACCGCUGCCAGACAGACUGUGACGAUGGAUAUUUUGGUGUUGGAUGCCACGGGCUGUGUAACUGCUCUGAUGGGAAGUCGUGUGACCCUAAAACUGGAGAGUGCCAGAGGAUGUGCCCAGCUGGAUAUCAUGGAGAGAAAUGCCAGAUGGUGUGUGAGGCAGGUUUUUGGGGUGCAGGCUGUGCCAAUGUGUGCCAGUGCGCCAGUAAUGCAGUGAGCUGUGAGUCCAGCAGUGGGCGCUGUGUGUGUGAGUCUGGAUAUACUGGACAACACUGUGAUAAGUGUGAAAAUUGUCCACAGGGCAGGUUCGGCCUGAACUGUUCUCGCGUGUGCUCGUGCUCUGGAGAUCAGUACAGGUGUCACCACAUCACUGGGAGAUGCAGCUGUCAACCCGGUUACAACGGCAAUCGCUGUCUUCUCAGAUGUCGAGAGGGCACUUAUGGCCCCUACUGUAAGAAGAGGUGUAGCUGUGCCAACGGAGGCCGAUGCGACUUCAGAAACGGCUCCUGCAUCUGUCAGCCAGGAUAUUUUGGACCCAACUGCAGCAUCAGUUGUCCCUCAGGUCACUACGGGAGAGACUGUGCUCAGGUGUGUUCAUGUGGGGAGAAAGGACAGUGCCACCCAGAGACAGGGAGGUGUAACUGCGCCCCUGGUACAACAGGACUGUCCUGUGAACAAAUGUGUCCAAGGGGCCGCUAUGGAGUGCAGUGUCGGAGUUUCUGUACUUGUGCAAACGGAGGAGUGUGUGACCCUGUGAAUGGGACGUGCAGAUGUGGGCUGGGCUGGACAGGACAACAUUGUGAAAAAGUUUGUGUCUCAGGUCACUAUGGUGUGAACUGUGAGCAGAAGUGUGUCUGCCAGAAUAACGGUACAUGCGAUCGUUUUACCGGAUGCUGCUCUUGCCGGUCCGGAUACUACGGCCCCGCCUGCCAACACCGAUGCCCUGCUGGCUUUUUCGGUGAGCUCUGUGCUCAACCAUGCGUCUGUAAACAAGGGCACCAGUGUGAUCACGUGACUGGAAAGUGUGAGUGUCCUCCUGGUUACCAUGGCAACCAGUGUGAAAAACGUUGCGAGUCUGGCCGUUUUGGACGUGAUUGUGCAGGUGUGUGUGAUUGUGAUGGGGCAUCCUGUGAUCCAACCACUGGACAGUGUCUCUGUCCUCCUGGAAAGACUGGAGAACGCUGUGAGAAAGUUUGUGACAGCAGGUAUUAUGGCCCGGACUGCUCUUUCCAGUGUGAGUGUGUUCAUGGAGGACAAUGUGACCCUCAAACUGGACACUGCUCCUGUCCUCAAACCUGGCUAGGGCCUACCUGUGAACAUGGUGCUUUUGCAGAUCUUGCGUUUGCUCAAAUACACAAGAGGCGACGGCAUGUAUCACACUCCUAGUCCUGCCACAGACACACACACUCGGCUGACAUCCAGCAGAAGGCGAGUGGCAUGGCUGAACGAGUGUGUGAGCUUAUGUGCGACUUGUUAUUAUGGGUUUUCCCCCCAGACAAGCGAACCACAGGAGAAUUAGUAAGAGGAAGCAAUCCCAAAAAACACAGACACACACAAACACCCCUCUGCAUGCACACAAGACCACUGACAGCCUGUCAAUGAAUGACUAUCUAUGAAGAAAGGACAGUUUAAGGUGAAUAUCACACAUAUAACAUGCUAAAGACGAUCAGUGUAACUUAAACACUUGUGUUGUGAGCUCUGUUUGUGCAUACAUUUGCAAAGUCCCACAUCAGACAGUCAAACCAAACCAUCCGAUCGGCUGAACGCCCUCCGAGCCACAAAGCCUAACCGAAUUUCGCUAUUACAGGAUCAGAGCGAAGCCUCAACCGCUCAUUUCUAUAGUACAUACCACAAAUACACCACUAAAGUGGCACGUCAGAAUACAGCAACACUCAAUGAGAUUAUUGCCUUCCAUACAUACCAUGCAAAGGCUAAAAUUUACCUUGUAAACAUACACCAACACUAAAUUUAUCCUUUAGUUUUUAACGAUGUUGUCUAUAAAGUCCUCUUUUAUAGUACUUUUAUGUUUUUUUUUAAGUAUAUGAAGCAUGAAUGUGGAGCAUUUGUGCUAGAUAUUCUAUUUUAAGGGAUCGUUCACCCAAAAACGAAAGUUAAUUUACUCGCCCUCAAGCCAUCAGAGAUGUUAUGUGACCUUUAUUUCAGUAUAACGUACAAGAAAAACGAUUUUAGGCUGAAACUGUGGUCCUGUGUAAUUUCCAAAAAAAAAAAAAAAAAAA